AACGACCACGAUGUGGGGUUGGUAAAAUCUGCCAACCCAGUAAAAAUCCGUUUACAACCAAACAUGAAGCCGCCGAAUCGUGCACAAUACCCACUUAAACCAGAAGCUGAACAGGGCAUCAGUAAGACUAUUGAAGGCCUCAUGAAGGCAGGGGUGUUAAUAGAGACUAAUAGUGCAUGUAACACACCCAUUUUUCCAGUACAAAAAGCUGAUAAAUCAAAAUAUCGGCUGGUUCACGACCUGAGAGCUGUAAAUGAGGCCAUAGAGGAUUGGCCAGUUGAUGUACCAAACCCUCACACACUUCUGACUAAUGUGCCUCCAGAUUCUAAAUAUUUUUCGGUUAUUGACCUGUGCUCUGCAUUUUUCAGCAUUCCACUGCAUGAGGACGCGAGAGAUUUGUUUGCAUUCAAAUACAGAGGUAAGAAAUUGACAUACAGCAGGUUACCACAAGGCCUAAAGAUCAGCCCACAUGUUUUCAAUCAGGCUUUGAAACAAGAUCUCGAGGACAUACCACUCAACAGCACACUGAUCCAGUAUGUAGACGACAUUCUGAUCUGUGCACCGACACUUGAUGACUGUCACCGCGAUUCAAUAAAGGUAUUACAAAGACUAGCUGAGGGAGGUCAUAAAGUGUCAAAAACAAAAUUGCAGUAUUGUGAAACACAGGUGGAGUAUUUGGGGAGAUCUAUUUCACAAGGGACAGUAGCAAUAUCUAAAACACAAUUAGAAGGGGUGAGCAAAGCUCCACGGCCCAAAACAGUUCAACAAAUGAUGACCUUCCUGGGGUUGGUAGGAUAUAGUUCAGAUUGGAUUGAGAACUUUGCAGAGCUAACGGCCCCACUCAGACAGAUUGUAAAAGAAGCAGGCACACAGACAUUGAAAGCUCCACUAAAGUGGAGCGGCGAAGCUAUGGUAGCAUUUGAGACAAUCAAACAAGAAAUGCAACAGGCACCAGCCUUAGCAACACCAGACUAUGAAAAACCAUUUUUGCUAUAUGUAGCAAACAGACAGGACUCGUACGCCUCAGCAGUGUUGAUGCAGGAAACAUGUAGUGGCAGGCAAAAACAGCCCAUUGCAUAUUACAGCACAAAACUAGACAAUGUGGCACAGGGAUGGCCACCUUGCUACCAAGGAAUAGCAGCUGUACAUUAUGCUUAUGAAAAAGCUUCAACAAUAACCAUGGGUUAUCCAGUCACCAUUUUCACACAUCACAAAAUCUCAGAGCUGUUACAUCAAGGGAAGUUUGUAGUGACACAGGCAAGAUGCUUACAGUACACACCUCUACUAACUUACCCAGACAUAACAAUCAAAAGGUGUGUCACAGCUAAUCCAGCAAAUUUUGUCCCCUUGGGACACGAGGGAGAACAACACGAGUGUAUAGCAGAGACAAUGAAGUACACAAGGCUCAGACCAGACUUAGAAUCAACGGCUUUAGCAUAUGCACAAGAGACAUUGUAUGUUGAUGGAUCAUGUUACAGAGACUACACAGGAAACCAUGCAGGCUAUGCAGUAGUGAGACAGGAAGGAAACAUGUUUCUCACUGCCAAAGCAGAGAGCUGCGAGCAGCCCUGCUCUGCUCAAUUAGCUGAACUACGUGCACUAACAGAAGCGUGCAGAAUAGCUAAAGGAAAAAUAGCAAACAUUUACACUGACUCGGCUUAUGCACAUGGUGUGUGUCAUCUAUUUGGAGCUGUGUGGAAACAAAGAGGCUUCACAAAAUCAGAUGGUAGCCCGAUUCAACAUAACAAACAAAUAAGGGAAUUAAUGUCAGCAAUGAUGCUCCCGACUAAACUUGCAAUCAUAAAGUGUCAAGCUCAUCGGAAGGGAAAUGAUGAUGUGAUAAAAGGUAACAAUGCAGCAGACGAAGCUGCCAAAAUAGCUUCUAAAAGUGAGGUUGCAAUUUUGUCGCCGGUAAUAUCAUUAGAGCCAACAACAACACCAGAUGACAUUGUCCUAAUUCAGGCAGAAGCCAGUCCACGUGAACAAUCACUGUGGCGCAGUAGAGGAGCCACAGUGGACAACAAAGGUCUUUGGAGAUCACACGAGGGUCUCAUAGUAGCACCCGUGACGUUGCUAACAAUCCUAAUCUCCCAGGCCCACAAUGUUUGCCAUUGUGGGAGGGGGGAAGUCAUGAAAAAACUAAGACAGCAAGGCUACUGGUCACCGUAUCUACAGGCGAUGGUAGAUGAAAUACUGAACCAAUGUGAAAUUUGCGCUGAAAACAAUGUGCGUAAGGGUGUUAAAACACCAGUGGGACACAUUCCAGUCCCAGAGGGACCGUUCAAACACUUAGCCCUAGAUUAUGUCGACAUGAUCAAAACUGUACAGGGGAAACGAUACAUGCUUGUGAUAAUUGAUCGUUUCAGCCGUUGGGUGGAGGCGCAUCCGUCCAAGGACUUAGGGGCAGAAACGGUGGUCAAAUUUUUGAUACGAGAAGUCAUUCCAAGAUUUGGCAUUCCUUCUGAAAUAAGCUCAGAUAACGGUGCAGCGUUUGUACAAAAAGUAGCCAAGGGUAUUUUACAACAACUGCGAAUCAAACAAAGACUCUCUGCAGUGUACCACCCGGAAAGUAAUGGGAUGGUCGAACGUAUAAACGGAACGCUAAAAUCAAAAAUAAACAAGAUUUGUGCCAGUACAAAGCUUAAUUGGGUGGAUGCUUUACCACUUGCUUUGAUGCAAUAUCGCACACAAACCCAUAGAAGCACUCAUCUAACACCGCAUGAAAUGCUAACGGGUCGACCCAUGCCAACACCACAGAUGAGAGGUCCAUAUAAGGGGCCUAGUCUUGAACAGUUACAAACUGAGCUGCAAGACUACAUGAGACACCUAACGGCCAUCCACAGAUCGAUCUAUCUACAGGAAAAAGAAAGGGAGCCAGAUCCCAAACGAGACAUUGAGAGACCAGUGGAGCCGGGGGACAAAGUCUACAUCAAAAUCUUCAGACGAAAGUGGCAUCAACCACGUCGAGAGGGUCCAUAUACUGUCAUACGAGCCACACCAACGGCAGUCCAGGUGGAAGGAAGCACCACGUGGUACCACUUAAACCACUGCUGCAAAGUCCAGGACUCAAAAAAGGGCAGUACUGCACUAAUUGAUGAUAUCAAGAAAAAUGACUGUGAGAAUAAUGUUGACAGUGACAAGCAUUCUAUUGUGGAUGCUCUCAGGAAACCUGGGACAGCUGCAGGAGAUGCAGAGGAAGCUGAGCAGGGUCCGAGGAGAUCAAAACGGCUGGCAGCAGGCAGACAGAGUCCAGGCAGCAGUGAGCAACAUCCCACAGGAAACAGAUAAGUGCGAUGCAAAGACAUACACGACAGCUCACAGAGAGACAGGACCAAGACUAGCAUUGACUACACAUGACCAACGACAUGGAAAAAUAAUGACUAGACGAGACGUUCACAAAUACUGGGACUGGUAUACAACCUGGCACACGCCAGACGAGUUAGAGGGAAAAUCUGUAUAUUAUGAGGUGGCUGUGACGUCCAAAGAUCGUGAUAGAAGACAGCUGUGUGCGUUCAAAUUCAGUCAAACAGGAGAGAAAACUUGGGGAGUAGGACCCUGUGAAGUAAAGCUUAGCAUAGGAAGAGAUAUUGAGAUAACAAUGGAGACGGGUUACACCCCACGAUUUGAAUAUUAUGCUCAUAUCGCAGCAAAAAAUCCAGAGGCUAACAUAGAGGAAAGAGUAACAUUAAAACUUGAGCGCAGAGACUACACUGAUGUAAUAAUUCCAAAAGACAUACGGCUGUUAUCAGAGAUCAAUGGAGACCGAGUUAGAAUUCACAU